CCCCACAGGCUCAGCUAUAGUCCACCAUAAGAAUUACCUGUGCAGCAGUCCCCCAUAAGUUAAAUGUGCACCCGAGACCAAGCUUAGUAACUUCAAAAAUCACAAGGUAACCUCAUAAAUAAGUAUCCCUGACUCCUUUGUCACCUAUCACAAUACCAGAAGCCCCCGCCCUCAGAUGGUACCUAGGAAAAUAUGGUGACAGGUAUAAGCCAACUAAAGGGUGUGUGUGUGUGACCAUGCUUUGUGUGUUAGCUGCUCAGUGUUGCGGGAACAGCAGUGCACACAUCCAUAUGAAGGGAUUUUCUCUGAGAUGCAAUGGUGGACCAGCUUCAAGGAACAUGGAAGUCUGUUUCUUGUGACAAUUUUGAAAACUACAUGAAGGAAUUGGGAGUAGGAAGAGCCAGCAGGAAACUGGGCUGUCUGGCAAAGCCCACUGUGACCAUCAGCACAGAUGGAGAUCUUAUCACCAUCAAAACCAAAAGCAUCUUUAAAAACAAGGAGAUUUCCUUCAAGCUGGGAGAGGAUUUUGAGGAAAUCACACCAAGUGGCCGCAAAAGCAAGAGUACAGUAAUCUUAGAUAAUGACUCCUUGGUUCAAGUCCAGGACUGGGAUGGCAAGGAAGCCACCAUCUGCAGGAGACUGGUAGAUGGGAAAAUGGUGGUGGAAAGUGCAGUGAAUAAUGUCACCUGUACCCGAACAUACCAGAGAGUUUAAGAACUCCAUCUCAAGGUCUCGAUGCUCUCAAAUUGUCAUCCAAACUAAUGAUGUUGUUUGAAUAAAACUCCCAAGUAAGAUCUA